CUAAUGUUUUUCCUAUGUUUUCCAAGUACACAUCAUUGUUUACAGUCAUUUACAGGCAGUUGCGUUUACAGUUGUUUUUUUGAACGCAGAAAACGUGCGUUCAGCAGUAGAUUUUAUCAGUGUUUCAAACGCAAAAUGCUUCUAAACGCGGCUAACCGCGUUAAUAGGCGUUUGCAGUUGAAAAUUUUUUUUUAACUCUUCCAUUUCCAGAUGAUGUCCAGAGCCUUUUUUCAUCAUGAAAAAUGCAUGCAAAGUGUUUUUCCCGGUACUCAAAUGGACCUGGUACACCAUACUUUGAGGUUUUGCAUGAAAGAAAAUGUUAGACA